AUGGUUGUAUUCUACUUCAAAAAACGGAGGACUCUCAAUCCUAACACUAUCCAUCCGGCAUUAUAUCAGCAGUUCUUGAUAAUGCAAAUCCUGAAUAUUUGCCACGUCAUCACAAGUUUUUUGACGAUGAGAAUACCAGACGCUGCACUUCUCGAUAUGACUUCCAUAUGCUAUAUGAACAACUUUUUGCGAUUUCUGAUGUUUUUCAAUCAUGCUGUUGUUUAUGCUAAAAAUUUAUCCACUAUUUCAUUUUGUCUCAUACGAGUUUUCUUUCUUUUUACGGAAACUGGAAAGGAUGCAUCAUUCAUCAUUUACAUCACUCUAUUUAAUUUCCCAAUUUCUUUCCUUCUGGCUCUCCCUACAUAUUUCAUGAAUGUUACGUGCAUUGGUCCAUCCGAUUCAAAGUUUCCAACAGGAUCUUUUUUGAUAAUUUCAGAUUCUGAAAAUGGGAAUAUGAGCACAAGCAAGAUUAUUGAAGUUCUAAUAUAUCCAUUUUUCAUUAUAAUGAUACUUUUACUCAAUAUAUGCAUGUUUUGGAAACUCUGGCAAAGUCGUAAACUAAGUACCGUAGUCCGCCGAAAGUACGAUCGAAAUGCGGAGAAAAGCCUCACAAUUACGAUGACUCUGAUCCUUCUACCUGUCAUUAUCAACUCAUCGAUUGCCAUUUCGAACAUUUUAAAUCAUUUUAAUUUUGUCCUUUAUGUGAUCAGACCAUGGUAUCGAGCCCAUUCAAUGAUAAUGAGUAUCCCAUCUGCCCUCUCAAACACGGGCGGUAUCUUCGAAACGCCCGCCAAAAUCGUUGAUGAACUUGUGAAACACCGAAGAAUGGCGAAAGGAUACGAAGAGACACGUCAUCCACACGUUCCGAAGAUUCUGAAGAAGACUGUAGACUUCCAAGAAAUCAAAAAAACUUAUGGCUAUCUCGGAGUAACUGUGGGAGUGGCAGGAAUAGAACACGGGAGUAAAGAAUGUCUCGAUUGGAUCCAAAAAUUUGUUGGAGAGAGAUACAAAGCGAUCUCAGAUUCGAUUGAGAUUCCACAGAACGCCAUUGCUGUUUCCAUGGCCGGAUCGAAUUUCGAAAUAGGAUCAAGCUGCCAAGAAUUCCGUGCUAUUCGUGCUUAUAAAGCAGGAGGACCAGGAGAGAAAGGCUACUUCAGCUACAAACGACUGUCCAAAAACCUACAAAUCACAAUUUACAAUGAUGAACUCGGAAACCAAUUCUUGGCUGGAUGCUGCUUCUACCCAACUGCCGCUGGAAAAAUCGUCACUUGUAUGGAUGAUCAGAAGACGAUUUUUUACAAUGAACUUGCGAAAAUGGAACCGUUCCCAUUGGCUAAUCGUGCUCACAAUUUCUACUACAAAAACCGUGGGAAAUACGGUAGAUACUGUAGCAUUGCUCAAUGUCGAGUCCUCGUUUGGACAGGAAAAUCAGAUGGACAGAUUGUUCAUGAACUGUACGAUCCAUUCUUCAAUGAGAUAACUUACAAAGGAUGUGCAGAGUGUGCUCAGGACUUCAAGAACUACAAGUUUGAGGAGCCAACGACGAAGGACACAGAGAAGGCGGAGCCAAAGAAGACGGGGACGGAGAAGACGGAGCCAGAGAAGGCGGAGACGGAGAAGACGGAGCCAGAGAAGGAGGAACCAAAGAAAGAGGAACCCAAAAAGAUUGAGCAAGUAGCUGAGAAGUCGGAGAGUAGCGAGACCAAGCAAGUGGUAAACGAUGAAAAGAACGAUGAUAUUCCGGAUGACUUCGAUGCACUCGACGAUAUUUCCAACUUCGAUGCCAUUUCCAUUCACUAA